AUGCCUAGACCAGCGAAGAACGUAGCGAAGAAGGAAGCCGCUCUGCCAAGAGCUACUGGCAACGGCUCCGAAAACGCGUCUGCGAAGAGAACGCCCUGGGAACAAGCCCCUGCUCCUUCGAAGAAGCGUGGGCGACAGUCAGCAGAGGCUGACCAGAAUGCGACGCCUGUAAAGCGUCGCAAACCAAAUCCAAAGGCGGCGCUGCCGAACGCCGAAGGGGACAUAGAGCCAGCGGCAGCUUCUGAGCACGAGGCUCAGACUUCAGGACUGGAAGAAAGAUUGGCAAGGGCCGAAGAAGGGGCAGCCAUGUCCGAGGCCAUGCUGGCCAGAGCCGAAAAGAAAAUUCGGCAGCUGGAAGCUCGGAUCCAAAGGUUGGAUGCGAGUUUGAAGAACGAGAAGAAACGGGGCCAGCUUGCAGAGCUCCGUCGACAGGACGCGGUGUUCCGUUUGGAACAAAAUAUCGAAAAGGCCAAGGUGAAAUCAGUCAUCUUUGGCGAAGACGCAGAGCGGAGUUCAGAAGUCCUCUUCGGAGGCAAUAUUGCAGGGUGGGCCGUCGAUGCCUUUACGGACAUCGACGUGUCCACCCUAGUUUCAGAGCUAGAAGCUCUGGGGGAAGACCCAGGCUUCCAAAGUUUUUUCUCGCUCGGGUGUUUCAAUGCCUCUAUUACAGAGGCAUUGAGGUCACUCCAAGGCCCGGCGUUCUUCGAGGCACUUGUGUCCUCAACACUGGUCGAAAAGUUUUUCGACAACCCGUUCUUUGCAUGCCCGCCACUAAUGCGGGAUGCCUUAACUGCCGUCCGCGAUAAAAUCGCGGAAACCGAUCUACCAGCAGCCUGUAAAUGGACUGCUGAUACCGUGGCGCAGAUUGCCACGUCCGAUAAAAUCGGCGUGGAGAACUAUCGCAGGGGGGUCGCGGAGACCCUCAACCGUUACAUGAGGGUGGUCAUCGACAAGAAUGACUACCUCACACCGGGGGACGUCCAGGGGCUUGAGAAGCUCCUGGAUACCAUCGUCCAGGAAAGUGCAGAGCUUGCUCUGCAUUGGCACAGUCACGAGCAGAAGUUUGGGGUCUUCAAAACCCCGGGUGAAGUUUUGUGGGGGGAGGAGUUGGAGAAGUUUUGUGUCCCUCAUGGGAGGGAGUUGGAGGAGGUUCGGGGGCCGGGAGCCUGGAAGGUGGUGGCGACAGUUAGGCCGGGCUUCGUAUUUUAUACGAGCCCGGUCGACGCUCGUCGCCUAAAGGAGCCUGGCGUUUGGACGAAGGCGAGACUGGCUGUUCGAGAGGUUGUCGAAGCCGAUUAA